AUGCACGAGCUCAGCUGUCACAAGUGUCCUGAGGGUUCCUUCACCUUCACAAACGGAUCUUCCAUGUGCGCAUGUCUGCCUGGUCGGAGAUACCUUGGUAACGGCCAUUGUGAACUGUGUCCCAAAAAUACGUACAAGUCCAAAAUUGGCUUCCACAAUUGUCUCACCUGUCCGGAAUACUCUGAAGCUGCUACAGGCAGCGUUACCAUUGACAACUGCACAUGCGAAAUAGACCCAGACAUGACGAAGUCAACUCUGUACAGACCGGUGUGUCCAAAGCCACCAGAUGUGGUCAGACCCUAUAAUUCAUCUGUGAAAUUUGUCCAUAAACUGGUGACGACAACCAGAUCAUUUGAAUCUGAUAUGACACAAGGCCAGGUCCUAGGAGCUAUCGCUGCCAUUGUUAGCUGUGCCAUUUUACUGGUCAUCGUGGCAAUCUACAUAAGACGCAGGCGCAAUAGAUACUUAGGAGUUGAGAUGCAGUCAAGGGUCAUCAAAUCAUUCAAGAUGAGUUCUUCCGAUGAUUCUCGCUUCUCGGACAGCAUAACCGUGCUGUUAUCAGAACAGACGACGGAGUGUGACAUCAGAAUUAAGAAGAUACGGCUCGGCCGGCUCAUCGGUCGAGGGGCGUUCGGACAGGUGCAUGAGGGCUUUGCGUACUGCGACAGCACCUCUGACGUCAGAACUCUGAGGGUGGCCGUUAAACGAAUCAAGAUGAACUGCUCGAAUGAUGAAAAACAUGCCUUGAAACAGGAAUACGAACAGAUGCGACUUCUGGGUCACCAUAGCAACAUAAUCGGUCUGAUCGGAACGUGUAUGCUAACUGGUCAGAUGGCGAUAAUACUAGAGUACGCUGAACUGGGAGAUUUACUGUCAUACCUGAAGGACAAGUCGUCUAAGCUGGAAAACUACGUCAGUAUUUCUCCUGAGGGUGAUAUAGCAGAACAGGAAAAACCCAACAUCACGGAGGAGAAGGAGCUCAUGGUAUUCGCCUGGCAGAUAGCGCGAGGCAUGACCUACGUACACCAGCAGAAGUGCAUUCACCGAGACCUGGCAGCAAGGAACAUCCUCAUAGCGAGCGGCCCGGUGGCCAAGAUCUCAGACUUCGGUCUUUCGAGAGAUGUGUACGAAAACGGCUACUACUUCAGAGCUUCCAAAGGUCAGCUACCUUACAAGUGGUUGAGUCCGGAAGCGUUACUAUGGGGACAGUACAGCACGAAGAGCGACGUCUGGUCGUUUGGCAUUCUAUUAUGGGAGAUAACCACGCUGGGCGGGUCUCCCUACCCCGGGAUCCCCGUCGACCAGAUAGCAGAGUUACACAGGAGUGGAUACCGCUUGUCACAGCCGCCCAGCUGCCCCAACAAUUUUUUUCAGAUUCUGAAGGCGUGCUGGGAAGAAGACCCACGAAAACGACCUUCAUUCGCCAAACUGUGUUCCACGCUGGACGAGGUUCUGCAGAAAGUCUUUGUCAGUGACUACCUGGACAUGCAGCCUACGUCUAACUCGGCUUACUUGACGCAUGGAGACAGUGAAGGCACAGCUCUGUCGUUGUCCGGUCUCGCCGACAAAGGACGAAUGGACAGUGGUGGCGGAAACAGAGACAAUCACAACUCGUCUGGUUACUCUAGCUCCAUAACCAGUUACUCUUGA